CAUAAACCCACGUGAAAAGAUCAAUACACGGCACGCCCCUCUCCAUUUUCUCAUCCCUCAACACACGCACACUCUCUCCUCCAUUAUUCAAAGCUCUGGAGAGCCAGACACAAACAAAAAAAGAAAACCCAUCAAGAGAGGAGAGAGAGACGCACACAACAACAGCAUCCACCCGAAACAUGUUAUCCCCAGAAGACCCAUAACCAAGCCAUGUCCAAAACCAGACAGCCACCACCAAACACCACCAACACUCUCUUCCUCCCUCUUUCUGCCGCUACCAAUGCCGUUUUCCUGCCAUUAACAACCCAUAGCCACCCCCACUAUGUCUCACUCUCACUCCCACUCCCACUCCCACUCCCACUCCCACUUACCGGACCGCUCUGCCUCCGCACUUAACAGCCUGUACUGUGGGGAGGAUGUCAGUGAGGUGGUCCAACGGGAUGCCGACACGUGGAUCUCUAGCCACCUUCAAUUCCCACCACCAUCACCAUCCAUCAUCGUUUCUCCACCAUCCGAUGAGAAUACCAUCACCAAACUGAUUGACUCUGAAUCUCACUUCAUGCCCUUGUCGGAUUAUCUCCAUCGUUGCCGUCACCGCUCCAUUGACAUCACGGCUCGCCAAGAUUCCAUCAACUGGAUCCUCAAGGUGUAUGCCCACUACGAGUUCAGGCCAUUAACGGCGUUACUCUCCGUCAAUUACUUCGACCGUUUUCUUUCCUCUUACUCUCUUCCGGAAAAUGGGUGGCCGUUUCAGCUACUAUCAGUGGCAUGCUUGUCUUUGGCAGCGAAAAUGGAAGAACCUGACGUGCCAUUGUUAUUAGACCUUCAAAUACUUGAACCUGGAUUCAUAUUCGAGCCCAAAAACAUUCAAAAAAUGGAGCUUCGGGUCAUGGCCAAUCUCAAUUGGAGAUUACGAUCAACCACUCCAUUCGAUUAUCUUGAUUACUUCAUUUCAAAGCUCCCUUCUUGUUCCUCAACAAAACCCGAGAAUUUCGAUCGGGUCUUGAAAAAAUCAGCGGAUCUCAUUCUCAACACCACCCGUGUGAUUGAUUUCUUGGGUUUUGCACCGUCGACGGUGGCAGCUGCUGCGGUGAUAUCCGCUGCGGGAAAGAAUUUUGAUACUAUACCAUUGAAGGCUGGUGUUGGGCAGUUCUUUCAUGAGAGAGUAAACAGGGAAAUGGUGAGAAGCUGUCACCAACUAAUAGAGGAAUACCUGAUCGACACGUGUCCUACGGCUCGGCUUAAGGAUUUAUCGGAUGAUGCCCUAGUUGAUCCGGCUAGCCCAGCUGGCGUGCUUGACGCAGCCGCUGCUUGUGGGAGCUGUAGCACGCGUUCCGAGAAUCCCAUCUCGGCCAGCAGCCAAGCCCCCGAAACUGAACCGAUUAUUAAGAGGCUAAGAUCUACUGCACCGGAUGUACAGGAACCGUAGAUAAGACCAUUACCCAGCGCCUUAGAUACUCGCUCCUGCUCCUGUUACCUUUAUUAGAGGGAGAAAAGUAAAGGCCUCCUUUUUUUGGCUUGUUUUUAUGCGUUGAUUAUAAAAUGAACGGACGGGAUUGGAUAAAAAUGAAGGGAAGAGGGAUUUUGUUA